AGUAGCUGCAUCGAUAAAUGAUCCUGCGGUGUACGACAAACAAGAAAUUACGCGUCCUCCUUAGCUACACCAUCAACUAGCAAAAAUGUCGUCGGUUGACAUCACCAGCACCAAUGACAUGACCUCGACCGCCGCUGCUUCCGAGGUGAGCGCAUCCUUCUCCGCCGACGCCGCCCACCACGUGACGCACGCUAUCACCACCGAUGCAAUCAUUCGGGAGUGCAUUAAGCAAGGCUUCUACCGCAACCCUAUCUGCAACGAGAAGCUCUACCUGCACAACCGCGGCUUCGACAGCGUCGCCCCCACCGCCUUCGAGCCCUACACGGAUGUGAAGGUGCUGUGGCUGGAAGGGAACGGCUUCGCAUCGCUGCCGUGCGGUGCCGGCUACACGCAGGUGCAACCCCCCAUCCGCGUCGACCCGUUCGCUGAGGCGCCGGAAAGGGAAGACGGUGCGGAGGGCGGUGAUACAGAGCAGACAGAGCACCACGUCGACCCGCUGUCACUUGGAAUCGCACCCGCCGCGGAGAAGACGCUGCCCUUACCUGCCGACAUCCCCGCAGAGGAGCGCGACGCCUUUAGCUCCCUCUACCCCACCGUGCGCCAGCUCUACUUGCACAACAACAUUUUUCGGGUGAUGCCGGACCUGUCACGCUUUCAGCGCCUUGACUCCGUGAACCUCUCCGGCAACUUCUUUUCCACCAUCGCGUCUCGCUGUGUGUUCUGGGACGCCAAAAUGGCAGCGGAAGGUGAACCGAAGGCGGUGCCGGCGGAGCCGUCGCAGGAGCAGCAGCAGGAGUCAAAUGAAAAUGUUGAGGUGCAACGUGCGGAUGCGCUGGAAAGCGUAGCACUGAUCUCCUCCGCCGCCAAUGCGAAGGAGCAGCGGGACACGCAGCUGGAGCAGUACCGGCGCCUGGCAGACGAGUACGCCGUCCUCUGCGAGCACUGCCCCUUGCCGGAGCGGGAGGAGGGGGCGCCGGUGCUCGACGCGCAUGGUCGACCGUUUGUCUCCACGCCGUACGUGCCACGGCAGCCACCGAUGCCGGAGCCGGAGUACCGCAACCCGUGCAGCUCCUUGCGCAGUUUAAAUGUGGCCGGCAACCGACUCGAGACCUUCGAGGACUGCCUCGGCUUGCUGUCGUACAAGGCCCUCGCCGUGCUCGACCUGAGCCACAACAACAUCGUCGACGGGGAGGCGCUCCUCUUCAUUUUGGAGCGCCUACCGCGUUUGCAGUCGCUGAAGCUGUCUGGCAACCCGCUCGUGCGGACGCUGCCGCGCUACCGGAAGCGGCUUCUCUCGCGGUGUAAAGCGCUGCUGUACCUGGAUGACCGACCGGUGUUUGAGGAGGAGCGUCGGCUGGUCACGGCGUGGACGCGCGCCGGCGACGAUGGGGAGGAAAAAGAGCGUCAGCUCAUCCAACGCGAGAAGGCCGCGGCGGAGAAGAAGCGUCUCGACGACUUCCGUCGCCUCAUCGCGCGUCGUCACAACGAAGGAGGCGACGCGACGGCGGCGGAGGCACCGCAUGGCGACUACGUGCGCGCCAUCACGACCUCCGCGGCACUCGCCGCUGCGGCAGACACCGCGGACUCCACCGCCGCACCAAGGGCAGUGGAGGCCGUCACGCAUGGAGGUGUGAUUCGCUCGCAUCGCCCGUCCCGUCGGUCACACCGCAGCGGGCGGGCUGAUCGUCGGCCGUCGUCCGACCCGGACAACUCCCCGACGAGCUCGGAGAGCGACGACAGCGGCGGUGAGGACGUUUAUGAAGUGGAGACCUUCUACUCCCGCCCCGGUGCCGAUGCCGCAGGCGGAGACGACGCAGCGAGGAGAGACGCCGGUACGAUGCUGAGCGCAAUUGUCCCUCCACUGGAGAAUACAAACAAGCCGGUGUCGCACCAAGCAUCACGCGAGACCUCGACGCGGGUUCUUAGCUCGAAUCAGCGCCUCACGCCGGACGCCGCCAACAACGGCGAUGACGAGGAUGAGGCGGAUAUUUUUGUUCCCGAGUCGUAA